CUUUUUUCUUUCUUUCUUUCUUUAUUUUUUUCUUUUCUGUUUGGUAUUAGCUACGAUAUAUCAGAUUUUGUCACGCGGAGGGUGUUCUCUAUGGACAAUGGUAGAAGAAUUUGAAAAACCCUUGGCGAACCGUUAAAAAACCUCUGCAAGAUUGGUUUGGCAUUCAAUUGUCUGAUAUGAAACGACUUUUGAUUCGUAUAGUCUGGUUAUUGGCCUGGUUCUCCGCAAUUUCCGGGGACCUUUCGAACUCGGAGAUCUCGAGGCCCUCCGACUUCGAUGCGAAUCGCGAACAGCUAGAGAUGUUGAAGCUUCCACCGGCCAAUUCUCUAUUGCCGAUAACACCUAAACAUGGUACUGCUUUAGUGGCUGCUCCAGAUGGAACGAUUUAUUUAGUGGAGAUCAAUUCAAGAAAGAUCCUGUGGUCAUUCACCUCAGGCUCAUCGAUUUAUUCUUCAUAUCAGGCUCUUCCUGAUCAUGACAGUGAUGAUAAUAAUGCCUCUGGAUUGCAUGGCUUCUUUAUAGAUUGUGGAGAUGAUUGGGGACUCUAUGUGCAUGGCCCUGGCUUUAGAAACAAGAAACUCCCACUGAGUGCUGAAGAACUUAUCCAACGGACACCUAUCAUAUCAGCUGAUGGGGGAGUUAUGUUAGGGUCAAAAAAUACUACUGUUUUCCUUGUGGAUGCCAAGUCUGGAACAGUUAUUUAUGCUUUCAGGUCUGAUGAUCAUUCUGCAAUAAAGGUUCAGAGUGCCAAAGAAAGGAAAAUUCUACCCAGAAAAGAUGUUGGAGAAUGGAUGCAUUCAGGUAAUUUGGACACAGAGGAAGUUGAACAGCCCCUUUAUGUUGUUCGGACAGACUAUGCAUUUAAGUAUUAUUCUAGAAAGACAGGGAAGGACUUAUGGCACCUAAAAUUUGCUGAAAUUGAAGCUUCCUUUCAAUGUCAAGAGGCUGGAGAUUUUUUAAGGGAAGUUUCCUCUAUUCCACCUGAGGGUGAAGAUGAAUUCCCAUUAAAUUGUAAGAAAAGGGCUGUUGUCUACAGAAUUCGUGACCAUAGCUUGUUGCACCCACUCUUUGUGUCUGACAGAUUACCAAGCACCAAUCUUGGAGGCGGGGUGCCUUCCUUACCUGCUUCUGGUCCCAAUCAUCUUUCUAUACAUCAUCCAAGUUUACCAGCUAUGCAUUAUAGCAAGGAAGGUAGAGUAGUGCUUGCUUUGCCCCCUCAAGAGGCUGAAGACUUUGGUGCAUUGACUCUAUAUAAGGGAGAUGGUGGUAAAAUGUAUACUAAUAUAUCUCCUGAAAUUUUGUCAGGGUCCCAUAUGUGGUACUUUGUUGUAUUUUCAGUUCUUGGGUCUUUGAUAGUUGCUUUCCUUUUACAUAUUACUGCCUUAGUGUUUAGGCAGAAGCGUAAGUUGAAUAAACAGUCUGAGGAGGGAAAAGUGCAGAAUGUGAUACCCAAAAAGAAGAAAUCCCGGAAAUCUGGAACCGGUAAGAAUAUUGCUACUAUUGAGUCAAAUCUGAGAAAUGUUUCACAUGAGAAUACAGUCAGAGACACAAAUGAGAGACUUAUUGAUAAUCAAGUCAUUGAGAGAACUGGAAGAAACCUACAGCUUGCAUUCCUUGAUCCUGUUGAUGGUGUUAUAGAUAGACGUAAGAUUGGUAAAUUGUUCAUCAGUAAUAAAGUAAUUGCCAGGGGAAGCAAUGGUACCAUUGUACUUGAGGGAGUGUAUGAUGGUCGUUCUGUAGCUGUUAAACGCCUUGUGCGGAGCCAUCAUGAUGUUGCUCUGAAAGAGAUUCAGAAUCUUAUCGCAUCAGAUUGUCAUCCAAAUAUAGUUCGAUGGUACGGAGUGGAGUAUGAUGAAAAUUUUGUUUAUCUCUCCCUGGAGCGUUGUACCUGUAGCUUAUAUGAUUUGAUAUUUUCAUACAUGAGCACUUCCCAUAAUCAAGUAACAGACAAGGACCAAGAUCCUAGCUUUCCUAAUGAAUGCCUUGGCCAAUUGCCUUCAGCAAUUCAAAAAGAUAAGGAUUUUGAACUGUGGAAGGCCAAUGGGUUUCCUUCUGCUCAGUUGCUGAAACUGAUGAGGGAUAUAGUUUCUGGGCUUGCCCAUUUGCAUGAACUUGGAAUUAUUCAUCGGGACUUAAAACCUCAAAAUGUCCUGAUAAUCAAGGACAGGUCUAUGCGUGCUAAGCUUUCAGAUAUGGGCAUAAGCAAGCGCCUUCCUGGAGACAUGUCAUUUCUAACCCAAAAUUCUACUGGUUGUGGGAGUUCAGGUUGGCAAGCACCUGAACAGCUUCGUCAUGGACGUCAGACACGAGCAGUGGAUUUAUUUAGUUUAGGGUGUGUGCUAUUCUUCUGCCUCACUGGUGGUCAACAUCCAUUUGGUGACAGUUUUGAGCGUGAUGCUAAUAUUGUGAACAACCGGAAAGACCUUUUCUUGUUAGAGAAUAUUCCAGAAGCUAUGGAUCUUAUCAGUCGCCUCUUAGAUCCUAACCCAGAUUUGAGGCCCAAAGCUAAAGGUGUAUUCCAACAUCCUUUGUUUUGGAAUGCGGAGAUGCGACUCUCAUUUCUUCGAGAUGCUAGUGACCGGGUAGAAUUAGAAGAUCGGGAGGGUGAAUCUGAACUGUUAAAAGCAUUGGAAAAUAUUGCCCCAGUGGCUUUGAAUGGUAAAUGGGAUGAGAAGAUGGAUAGUGCAUUCAUCAACGAUAUUGGCCGCUACAGGCGCUACAAGUUUGACAGCGUUCGUGACUUGUUGAGGGUCGUACGGAACAAACUAAAUCACUAUAGGGAGCUUUCUCAAGAAAUUCAGGGAAUAUUAGGGCAGGUUCCUGAAGGGUUUGACAGCUAUUUCUCUAGCCGCUUUCCACUUCUUCUAAUUGAAGUUUAUAAAGUCAUUUAUAGGUAUUGCGGGGAGGAAGAAUUUUUAUCCAAGUAUUUCAGAAGCAGCCGCAGCCAGAUUUGAUAUAUCUUAUACUUAACCGAACCGCACUUACAGGUUCUGUAAAUAUGAAUUCUCCUAGUUGUUAAUUAUAAACAUGCAAAAUUAGUAAUUAGCAAAAGUACAACAUAUCCGGUCUUUAUCCCACUAUGUAGGGUCGGAUAUAUAAAUUCUAGAUUUUCAUGUAUUUCUGCCUUUUGUCAUAUCUUUAUUUAGGCCGAUACACUUCAUAUCAAACUUUAAUGUCUCUCCCAAAGUUUUUUUGGGUUUGCCUCUA